ACAUGGUGGAAAUGUGAUUUCUUUCAGCAGCAGCGUAAACACAGUGUUAAAAGGCUGAAAGGAGGCGAAUUAACUAUGUUAUUUUAUCUUAAACUAUAGGAACAUGUUUUUAACACAAUGAAUAGUUUAUUUUACACACUCACGUUUAUUUUUUAAGUGGAUUUACGUGUAAAAUCGGCUCCUGAAAUGUCCAAACCCGCGGUAUCAUCGGUCCAUCAGGCGCUGAGGAAAGGCUUCAAGACUGUGGAGAGCAACCAGGCGGUGUGGAGAAGUGUGCUGGAGGAGUGCGGUCCUCUCAUGGUGUCUCUGGGGAACCUGGCCGAGCAGAGCCGAGCCUUGUCCCGCAUCAACAUGUCCAACACGCCGCUGAGACACUUCCCUGACCUGGAGGAGAGACUGGGCUUCAAGCUGUCUCUGGCCACCGACACGGUCCUGCUCCGACUCCACGAGAAGAUGUCCUCGCUCCAGUCUGUCCGAGAUGCCAUCAGCAACCAGGUGGUUUUGGUCAUCCAACUUUACGAGCAGAACACCGACAGUCUGGAUGUCCUCACCGUCACCGAGCGCUCGCCGAUCACCCCGUCUAUCGCCGACAUGCUGGAGUGGCUGCAGGAUGCCGAGCGUCACUAUCGGCAGCAAUUCCUUAGGAGGAAAACACUUCUUCAGAUGCUGAGAGCCGAUAACCUCUCUCUUAUAGAGUCUGCUCCCAACAGAUGGAAAUCGUUAGAGUCUCCGAGUGCAGAAGACCGCAUCACAGAUUCACUUUGCAAAGUGUCCUUCUUUGUGGAUUCCGAGUGAGGACAAUUAAAAUGAACAUGAGUGGAACUCUGAGCAGCUCGGGAAUUUGGAAGAGAACUUUCUAAAUGUACGUGUUCAACUUGGAUGGAUGUUCAGAUGCUUUUAUCUAGUCUGAUAAACCUCUCCAGAUCAGUUAGAGGAUGGGAAGUAUCUGUGAGGAUCAGACUCUAAAUACCUUCAAGUAGUUCUCCAAGAUGAAGGGGAGAGAAA